AGGUAGAUGUGUCAGUUUGAUGCGGAGUAGUGGAGGUAAAAGACUAAACAACCCUAAGAAAGUCCUCUGUUGCAAUGUGACUUUCUUGGACGAUGCUGUAGCUACUUACGAGGUUCCUAAAGAUGCGAAGGGGAGUGUGUUGUACCAGAGUGUAGUGAGGUCGCUGGAUUUGAACUUGGAGUGUAAAUAUUUUGGGCUGCUCUUUACUGACGAUUAUAACUUUCCUCUAUGGCUCGACCAUGACAAAAAGAUAAGAAGUCAGCUGAAGAGUGAACCACCCUACAAGUUUGAGUUUAGAGUCAAGUAUUACGUGUCUGAACCGGGCUGCAUGUUAACAGAGGAACUAACUAGAUAUCAGUUUGUUCUGCAACUCAAACAAGACAUGUUCCAUCAGAGACUCUCUUGCACCUUCAGAACACUAGCCUUGCUAGCUUCCUUUAUUGUACAGUCAGAGCUGGGAGACUACGAUCCUAAGAUACACAAAGUUGGAUACCUCAGAGAGUUCAAAUUCGUUCCUAACCAGCCAUCUGAUCUAGAGAGUGAGAUAAAGGAGCUGCACGCAAUGCACCUGGGUCUAACACCUGAGGAAGUAGAGCUGAAGUAUUUGGAGAAAGCUAAGUGGUUAACAGCGUAUGGAGUGGACAUGAGGAGCGUGAAGGAUUGUCAUGGGCUUCAACUUAAACUAGGUAUAGCACCGUCUGGUAUCCAGGUUUAUCAAGGCGGUUCUCUUCUCAACACUUUUGAGUGGCCUCGUGUCACUAAACUUAAAUUUCACCAGAAGAAAUUCCUUAUAAAAGUGCAGCCAAAAGAACCCGGAUCACGUGAGCAAGAACACUCCUUUAUAAUAGAGAGAACAAAACACUGCAAAGCUCUGUGGAAGAUCUGUAUUGAACACCACGACUUCUACAAGAGUUUACCUCCAAUUGACAGAAACGCUACUCUUCACAGGUCUACUAGUCAGAAGUCACAUAGAAAUGGAACACAGAGCCGUGCUAAUAUCCCGAUAGAGACCCCGCGAGAGCGAGCAGACCAAACACCGCGUGAUCGAGGAGACUCUCACCACACACCGCGAGGAGACUCUCACCACACACCGCGAGGAGACUCUCACCACACACCGCGAGGAGACUCUCACCACACACCGCGAGGAGACUCUCACCACACACCGCGAGGAGACUCUCACCACACACCGCGCAUUCACCGCUCUCAGCCCAACACUCCACAUCGCAACACUGACGCUGCUCCACGCAACACGACCACUCCUUCCAGGCCACAACACGUGCCACGUGUACCAGACUACUCCCGCAAAGCUGAGCCGCGCGCUCCUGAGUACACACGUGCAGCACCAGACACUCGCCCACGUGCAGCACCAGACACUCGCCCACGUGCAGCACCAGACAUUCGCCCACGUGCUGACUACUACAACUCCCUGCCGCGGAAGCGCCAUGACUACCCCGGGGACACGAACAGAUACAAUGAGACGGGAUACUACGAUAAGAAUAUAACUAACUACAAUAACCAUAGUAACGGAGCACUUAACAAGCGCUCUAAGUCUAUAGGAGCAGGAGAUGUGCUGGAUCUAGACUACCCUGAAAAACAGCGUCCUUACUCUGGGACCAACUAUCGUACGGACUAUCGGGACUAUAAUUACGGAGCUUCUAACGAGGCUUUUAGAACCUUCUUUACAGACACAGUGCUACAAAACAAGACUCAAUACCACAGCAGUGUAGGUAAAUCCUGGGCUAACAAUGUUAACUAUGCGGCACAGCCCCCAACAAACGGGUCUAAGAGCACACCUGAUGUCAGAUUAGCUGCUUCACAGCCUGCCUUCAUGACCUCCUCUGCUAUGAGACAGGCCAACUUUCUCAUGACCACUGAACUGUAGUCACGUGGUGUUGUGCUGACGUCACGUGGUGUUGUGCUGACGUCACAUGGAGUUGUGCUGACGUCACGUGGAGUUGUGCUGACGUCACGUGGAGUUGUGCUGACGUCACGUGGAGUUGUGCUGACGUCACGUGGUGUUGUGCUGACGUCACGUGGUGUUGUGCUGACGUCACGUGGUGUUGUGCUGACGUCACGUGGUGUUGUGCUGACGUCACGUGGAGUUGUGCUGACGUCACGUGGAGUUGUGCUGACGUCACGUGGAGUUGUGCUGACGUCACGUGGAGUUGUGCUGACGUCACGUGGUGUUGUGCUGACGUCACGUGGUGUUGUGCUGACGUCACGUGGAGUUGUGCUGACGUCACGUGGAGUUGUGCUGACGUCACGUGGUGUUGUGCUGACGUCACGUGGUGUUGUGCUGACGUCACGUGGAGUUGUGCUGACGUCACGUGGUGUUGUGCUGACGUCACGUGGUGUUUUCAUGAUGACACUUGGUGUCAUGAUGUUGCAGGAUAGCUGAUAUUUAAUUUAAAGUUCAGAAUAUUGGAAGACGUUUCUAAUGUUUAUGUUUUAGAGCUAAAAACUCUGGUUUAUUAGAUUUAUUAUUUGACAUUGCUGAGUUGGGUUUUUAAGGUUUAAUCACGUGACAUACUAUCAACUUAAUCGAUUAACACUAUUAAUUAAUUAAUACUAUUAAUUAAUUAACACUAUCGGUCAAUUCGCACUAUUCAUCAGAGAAUUUUAUACGAAUGAUUACUUUAGACAUAUUAUUCGUGACUGUAGGGUAUUUUACUCAAAUUAUUUCACAUACAUGUUGACAGUAUAAUCAUUAUGAUUGUUUAUAUUUGUACAUGAUUAUCAGUAACUUUAAUUCAGUUGUUCUAUGACAGAGAAUAUGACAUUUUGUUGACAUAAGCAGUUUAUACAAAAGUUUAGUUC